AAAGUUUUGUCUCCGGACACUUUGGUUGAAGUAAGUUGUAGACGACCGAGCUGUAGCCGUCAGUGUAGAGGAAUAUUUGAGGUCGUCUUUUCAGCGGAUGAAGCCGGGAUGGUGAGUCGGCGUCGAGUCACCUAUCUCCUUACGAUUUUGUUUUUUAUGGAUGCAUCUUUUAUUGACCACGUAGCCACUCAAUGUGGGGUUUUUUGGAGGCCUCCUGGAGAAGACUGGGCAAACACUUGGGAUGGAAUGCUUUACUUUAACUGUCCAAGAGGAAAAUCGAUCCGUCGCAUUCAUAGCAUCCACAGGAACUGCAUAGAGGAUCGGAUCUGGGCUUUUAGCUGUGAGUCAAACUCUGCAGCCCAAGUAUGCUCCUGGACAGGAUUCGUGAAUAGUUAUGACGAAAUUUUGGACUUCAAAUGCCCAAAUAAUGGUUUCAUUUCCGGCAUCUACAGUGUGCACAGCAACCAACGCGAGGAUCGCAGGUUUGAGUUCAAGUGUUGUCACAGUAGCAGCUACAGACGCUACAAAUGUGAAUGGGGCCACACUACUAACUGGGAUGCUGAUAUCAACUAUAGCACCUCUUGGGGUUGGCUGGCUGGAGCACAUAGCUAUCACAAUAACUAUUAUGAAGACAGACGGUGGCAAUUUUAUCAGUGUAGGAAGCAAUACAACAAAUAAUGAUGGGGACAGUACAAUAAGAAGGAUUUGAUCGAGUGGUUAACGUUUAAUUUGAUUAUACUAGAAAGAAUCUUAUCUUCGAAGCUAUGGACGCCUAAAUCAACUGGGUGAAUUUCUGGAAGUUAAAAUCUUAUCUUGUUUGAAUUUAAGCUUUAGACAGGCCAGCAGAGGUAUAAACAAAUCGAUUUUUCAAUCCGUCAAGCUGAAGAAAUUUGUGUUAAGAAGUAAGAAAGAAAUCAAAUUCUACUUGAAUAACUUUUCUAUAGAUUGUUACUUUCGGAUGCUCAAUCAUUGUCCAUAAAAUAUAUUAUAAUAUAAAUAAAA